CGCCGGACUCUCAUCCUUCGCCUUCACUUCCCAACACCCUCUCCUCCGUCCUCCGCACACGCCCGUACUCUCGCCCUCGCAUCCAGGACCUCAUUCACUUCCUCUCCAUCUCCCCCGCAUCAACCGCCACAAUGGUCUCCGCAAACGGCGUCAACGGCACUGUCAGCGAUACCUUCCUGUUCACCUCGGAGUCGGUGGGAGAGGGCCACCCGGACAAGAUCUGCGAUCAAGUGUCCGAUGCCAUCCUCGAUGCCUGCCUCAAGGAGGACCCCUUCUCCAAGGUGGCCUGCGAGACGGCUGCCAAGACGGGCAUGAUCAUGGUCUUCGGCGAAAUCACCACCAAGGCCCACCUCGACUACCAGAAAAUCAUCCGCGGCGCCAUCAAGGACAUCGGCUACGACCACUCCGAGAAGGGCUUCGACUACAAGACUUGCAAUGUGCUCGUCGCCAUCGAGCAGCAGUCGCCCGAUAUCGCCCAGGGCCUGCACUACGACGAGGAGCUCGAGAAGCUCGGUGCUGGCGACCAGGGUAUCAUGUUCGGCUAUGCCACCGACGAGACCCCGGAACUGCUGCCAUUGACUCUGCAGCUCGCCCACAAGCUCAACCUCGCCAUGAAGACAGCCCGAAACGACGGCACCCUGCCAUGGCUGCGACCCGACACCAAGACUCAGGUCACCGUUGAGUACAAGCACGACGGAGGUGCCGUUAUCCCUCUACGCGUCGACACCGUCGUUGUCAGCGCCCAGCACAGCGAGGACAUCUCCACCGAGCAACUACGGAAGGAGGUACUGGACAAGAUCGUCAAGAAGGUUAUCCCUGCUAAGUACCUGGACGACAAGACCGUCUACCACAUCCAACCAUCCGGCCUCUUCAUAAUCGGCGGUCCCCAGGGUGACGCCGGUCUUACUGGCCGCAAGAUCAUCGUCGAUACCUACGGUGGCUGGGGCGCUCACGGUGGUGGAGCUUUCUCCGGAAAGGACUACUCCAAGGUCGAUCGAUCGGCAGCAUAUCUCGCCCGAUGGAUCGCCAAGUCCCUCGUCAAUGCUGGGCUCGCCCGCCGCGCGCUCGUCCAGCUCUCUUACGCCAUUGGUGUCUCAGAGCCCCUCUCCAUCUUCGUCGAGACAUACGGCACUUCCGACCACUCCUCCAAGCAGCUUGUCGAAAUCAUCCUCAAGAACUUUGAUCUCCGCCCGGGUGUCAUUGUCAAGGAACUCAACCUCACCAACCCCAUCUACCGCCGGACAGCCCAGAACGGUCACUUCUCGGACCAGAGCUUCGAGUGGGAGAAGCCCAAGACUCUCACCCUCUAGAUUUUCCCAUCUCGGGAAAAUUUGUAGAGGAGAAGUCUUUGGUUCCCCUUUUGCCGGCAUCGAAUCAACUUCGAUGCCCGCUUCUUUAACGACAUGAACGAGCCAUCACACACCACAAUGCAUGUACAGCGGGGAACUAAAAUCGUCUUUCAACAAGUUUCGGCGUCAGCGGGGAUAUACCCAAAUCACAACAUCUAAAAGUCUCUUGCAUCAACGGAAUUGAUGCCGCAAGAGGCUUUUUUUCUAUUUAACAUAGAGGGAGGGUAGGGCUCGGAUGCUGCAUCCGCCCGAGUUUUCCUUUUUGUCUUCUUCUAAUCCCCACACUAUUUCAGCACGGCUGCGGGCACUUUUCAUCUGCCUGCGCUUGCUCUCUCCU